AUGAACACCCUACAUACUCUCUUUCUCUUGGCCGUGGGGGUGUCUGUUGCCUAUCCAUUUCAGUUUUGGAGGGUUAUCCUGUGUGUGAUGCCUAAUAGCUGGCCUCUUCUUGACUACACUGACUACGGCUGUUACUGUGGAAAGGGAGGCUCGGGCACACCUGUGGAUCAACUGGACAGGUGCUGCCAGGUGCAUGACUAUUGUUAUGAUGAUGCUAUGCAGCACCCUGACUGCUGGCCCAUCUUUGACAACCCUUACACCGAGUACUAUACCUUCAGCUGUGACAAGGAGAAGAAAAAGGUCACCUGUAGCACCAAAAACACAGAAUGUGAAAUGUUCAUCUGUGAGUGUGACAGGAAGGCCGCUGAGUGUUUUGCCAGAUCACAUUGGUACCCUGAACAUGAGCACCUGCCCAGCGACCGAUGCUUUACCAAUACCUCUGCAAACUACACUUAA